AUGUCGCAACACGAGGCCGACUGGGAUCUCGACACCGACGAGAUAACUUCCGUCGGAUCGGAAGAGCUCUACGAAAGCCGACCAAAUCGCUGGAAAGGGCCCAAAUCGACAUGGCGUCACCUCACAGAGGAGGAGCGCCUGCUGUGGCGCUCCACGAAACAGCUGCAGGACGAGGACUUGAGCGUGCAUCUUUACAACGCCUUUGUGCUGAAGCAGCGCGCGGCGAACCCUGAGAUUGCCAAGGACCAAACCAUACAAACGGAUGAUGGACAAGAGGCUAUUUGGGCGCCGCCCCAGUCGUGGACAGCCUGGCCCAUGAGGCAAAAACACAUACCGCGCGCUGGUCUUUUCAAGGAGGAAGGGGACGAGGAUGAUGCGUUUACUUUUCGCCGCAAAGAAAAGGCCACGCCUAGCUCGGAGCUUAGAGCUGAAACUACAGCCACCAUUCUAAGGAUCGCCAAGGAGCGGUUUUCUCGCCGUAAGCCCCCGCAAACAAUGAGGCCAUCCAUCGAAACCCUAGAUUCACCAAGUCCGGAUGAUGAUAUCAAAGGACCCUCGUCUGAUGAAUCCGAGGCGGGAAUCUCCUCGCAACCUGACGAGAACCAAGCUACGGAUGCUUCCGGUAUUGACGAUGACCAAUCCUCGCGACGAAGGAAGAGAGCCGAUCAAACAUUCGACCCAGUCGUCUCGGCGGAUGAUGAUCUUUCGAUGUCGCUACUGAAGGAAUCCGUGGGGCAUAUUCUGUCGCAGGUGGACAAAACACUUACCAUUCUACACCAUACACGCGUCGCUGGCCUCAGCUACCAGUCCGACUCCUCCGAAACAGAGACGGAGCAGGAAUCGGACACCACUCAAACUUCAACCCGCAAGCGCGGCCGCGGCCGCCCGCGACUGCCUCCCCAGCCAAGAUCCGCGGAGUCAUCCACUAGCCGUUCAACGACACGUCGCGGUCGGCCCAAGACAGUGCAUAUUCCCGAACCAGGCGAGACGCUGGAGCAGAUGGCUCUGCGCGUCGCGCGUCGUGGCCACAGACGCCUGCCCACGACCGAGGCAGACCGUGAGGCGGCGUUUGAGGAGUGGUUGAGACAGGGCGACGAGCGCGUCGCACGCGAGCAACGCAGGCUGUCCAGCCAUCCCGUGUCUGAGGAGUCCGAGUCCCAAGACGACGACGACAACGUGUCGACACGGACAAACCGGGGAAGCAAAAUUCGCUGCUGGGGCCUGCGCGACUGGAGCGACCUCGUGGGCGCUGCCGCGCUCGCCGGGUUUCCGCCAGGAGUCGUCGAGCGCACGGCGCAGCGCUGCGCGAACCUCUUUGGCCAGGGCAUGUCCCUUACACGGCUCGAUGAGGCUCCUGCCGCCCGCGCGGCAGCGGCCGCCGCCGUCCACACCACGACGUACCAGCCAGAACGCAUCCGCCUGUCCGCGACCCCCAACGGCAGUGAAGACGACGAUGGCGACAACGACUGGGAGUCCGCGGCCGGCCUACAGCAGCGCCGCAUCGUGUCCCGGCAGGCUUCGUUGGCGCGCUCCAGCCGGGAAGCAAGCGCCGCAGCCGCUGCCUCCUCACCGCGCAGCAGCCACUCUCCGUCGCAGCCCAUGUCACGCUCGUCGUCGACGGGCGGCUUCCUUUGCCCAGUGGCGUCGUGCGAUCGCGCCGUGAACGGCUUCUCGCGAAAGGCCAACCUGGAGCGGCACAUGCAAGUCAUUCACUCCGGCGACAGCGAUGGCGGCCCCUCUCCGUCUCGAUCGCGCUCCCGGUCGCGGUCCGUGUCGCGGUCUUCCGCGGGCAUCCUCUUUUGCCCAGUAGCUCGGUGCGAGCGCGCCGCGAACGGCUUCACGCGACGGGCCAACCUGCAGCGGCACAUGCAGCUCCUUCACCCCGGCAUCGACGCGAGUGCCGCCCUUGCUGCUGCCGCUGCCGUAUCCGCUGCCGUCUCCACCGUCGAGACCCCGGAGGAUAGCGAUGACGAGAUCCUCGGCGCGGUCCAUGUCGAUGGGUUCCUGCGCACCGUCAACCCCGGCAAGGGCUGGCGCGGAGAGGACGCGGCCCCUCGGCAGAGGAGGAAGAGGCCAGCAACGCCUCCAGCGGGCCGCGCUACGAAGAAGCUGAGUCUCUCUUCCUCUGAGUAUUCUGAAUAA